AUGGGAUCAGAAAUUGACCAAAACGAUACAGAUUCAUCGACGCAGGAAUGGUAUCGCCUGCUCGUUGUUGAAAAAUCAACUACUCUUUCUGAUUUUAUGACUUCUAAAAGAACAAAAAUGGUGUCGGAUUUUCCAGAAGAAAGAGAAGAAGCGAUUGAAGAAAUAAUUGAAGUUAUCAGCACGUUUCCGAUGGAUUUUCUACAAAAAGAUGAAGUAUCGCUGCUUCUGAAUUACUUUAUAAAUUCAAUCGAAUCGUCUGCGCUAACUGGCGGAGCCGUGAUCCGCGGAGUUCAUCACCUAAUUUUGAAAUCUAAAAAUCUUCCGGAUAAUUUUGAAGUCUCACUUAUUCGAGUUUUAUUUAAAGAAGGAAAUGUUCAAAGUUGGGCACAAAAGGAACGGCAGCUGCAGUAUGAGAUUCUCAUUUGGUUCUUGAAAUAUCGAUUAUCAUUCUUGAAAGGCCUCGGCCCAGAUUUUUUGGCUACAUUUAUGAAAAGUGUAUCCGGAGAGCGUGAUCCGAGAUGUCUCGUCCACAUGUUCUCGGCAUUCCUGGAAGUUUCGAACAAUUUCACACUCGGACCAUUCACAGAAGACAUGUUUGAGACGAUAGCCUGCUAUUUUCCAGUCGAGUUUAAGCCGCAAAAAACGGAUACAAUUACACGAGAAUAUCUCGCUGCUUCGUGUGCUUCAUGUCUCGUAUCAUCCCCAUCCUUCGCUCCAUUCUGUUUUCUUUUCAUCGACGAAAAGCUGAAUGACGAUGACUGUUCCGAUGAAGAAUACGAAGAUGUUCUGAACCUUUUGAUCCUAGCUUACAACCGCUUUCCAGCACAGAAGAAGAACCUAUCACUUAUUGAGCCACUAAUCGGAGGAAUUCGAAAAAUUGGACUAAACCCGAAGAAUAAGGGAGAAAUGCAGAAAUAUGUUUCGCAGGCAUUUGAAGCGGUUAUCAAACUGUGCACAAAAUCUUCUGAAACGAAUUCGAAAGCGUUGGAUGGAAUUGUUAGUUCGAUUGUUGAAGAUUCUGAGCCGUUCGUUUUACAAGCAGAAAUGGGGCUCUGCAAGAAAGCACUAACACUCCUCCGAAGCGCAUUCAAAAGUCUCCCAGACAAGAAUUCACGUCAAAUUUUCAAUCAAGUUAUUGCCUGGAUUCUCAACCUGAUUCAAGGCGACAGUGUAAAUGCAGCUGGAAACCGAGCAGAUAUCGUACAAGAAGGUCUUGAAUAUCUAGUAGAAUGGAUACAACUCGCUUCAGAAUACAAAGAACUCUCAAUUGAAACACUCGCGGUUUUUGAGCAAAGCAUUUUCGAAUCAUGCUCUAGAGCUCGGGAAUUUAAACCACGUGAAGCUAUUACUGCAAUCUAUGAAUGUGCAUCUGUUUACUUUGAAUCGGAUUGCGCCUCCGAUGAAUUAAUAUCCCAAUGCCGAAGCUAUAUCGCACUUGCUCUUCGUACACCAAUUGACACUGAUUCAGAUUUUCAAAGUCUUUUGAAACUUAUCAGAAUAUACUCUUCAAAAAAUUUCGAUCAAGUUGAGAUUAUUCUCGCUGACAAUGAAACUAAUUCUUGGAACGCAAUGAAAGUUCUACCAGUUCUAUGUGCAAUUAGCUGCUCACAAAGAUGGAAUUUAUUGAAAAAUAAGAUUGUCGAUGAACUUGGAUCUACAAUAUCAUCGUCUACAGAAAUCAGUUAUCUAAUUUGUUAUGUGCAAAUGAUGGAAAAAUGCAAAAAAGAUCCUCAAUUGUUCCACCAACAAUUUGAAGUUUUUGAAUCAGUCUUGUACAAAACCGAUUGCAAUGAACCUGUGAGCGUUUCAUAUCUGAUGCAAUCAAUUUCCCUGCUACUUUCUGAAGAUGAUCAUCAGAAGUUUAUGAAUCAAACAACAACCAGAUAUCAAAGUCUUGAAGGAUCAUCACUUGACAAUUUCAAUCAAAAGUAUCGACUCGCAUAUCUCCAAAAUAAGAAUACAAAUGAUUUGAAAACUAUUGCCAACUUGAAAUUGCCAGAACGGACGAUACGUCAGCUAUUUUUCGCGAUUUGCAACAGGGAGGCGGAAAACGAAAAUAAUAGUGAAAUUCCUGAACAACACCAUAUCGCGGAAAUCAAGGCGAAAUUAUUACGAAAUGCACCAAAUUCUUUAUCUGCAUUCGAGCAAUUUCUGACAAACAUUUCUGGAAGCACUGAAAGCCCUUUUGAAUAUCUUUUGGAUUUUGAUAGUUUCGAUUCGAAUCCUGAUAGAUGCAGAUAUGAGACCGCAAGCCCUCUAUGGAGACAACGAAUUUUCUGUCAAAUUGUUCCGAUUUUCAAAAGAAAAUUCGAGGAGCCUGGAUCCCAGAAGCACGUUCUUGUCGAGAUGCUACCACAUCUUUUGACAUUCGCAGUUCCAUUGGAUUUUCAGCAACUGAAGAAACAAUUCGCUAUGUUGUUGCCAGUUCUAAUUCAAACAAUCGGCAUGGAAGAUGUCAUCCCAAGCCACGUCACACGGACUAUUCCAAUGUUUCUUACAAUCUCUGAACCUCUUCAGCCAAAAGAUCUCGGAACAGUCGUCAAAUAUCUGUGCUCCAUUACAAGGGACAACGACUCGAAUAUGACCAACUUGGAGGAUGCGUUGAAUGGAUUGAACAUUUUGGCGCGACGACAGCCACCGAAGUCAUUGCAUUCUGAAGUGCCACUUGUGGUCACGUCAAUCAACAAAAUCUUGGGUCACAAAAAGAGGUUGCUUCGAAUGAUGGCGGCUGAUGUGAAAAACAAUUGGGAGAUGGUUAUCACCAAGUAGAUGGACGUCGAAUCAACUCAAUUCCGGGUUAUUAACGACAAACUAGAUAUACUUUUGUUUUGUCCUAAAUUGUUUUUUUGUUGUUUUUUUUUUCAUUUUCAUUGUUCGUCGUAUUUUGUAUUGAAUUUUGCUCGAAUUCUAUGAAUCAGUUUUAUU